AACCUGACAACAACUGUUGUUGUUUGGAGAUCCACCCCCUUUUUUGAAAGUCAGACAAGUUUUACGUCCAAAUCUGAUUUUUAAUAUUCUUUCCCUCUGAAAGUUUCAUCCAGCUGAAAGAAAAAACAGAACUGAAGCGAUGGACGACAAAGCGACUGUCAUCGACACAGUCCUCUUCCAAGGGGAUUCGCAAAAGGAAUACAUAACACCCCACAAAAUCACGAUUUUUACUCUGAUAAAAACCUAUGGAGAAAUGAAAUUAAGAGUCUUCAAGGCAAGAGACGAUAAUCUUUUAAUGCAAGAAGGCGAAUCAACUGUAGAGGAGAGAACGAGAAUUGUAACAAAUCCGAAACACAGGAGAACAUUUUUUAUGCUCAUUCUUAAACUACUGCAGGACCCAGACCCUACUCUGGCCGAACUGAAUCUGGUUUUGUUGAACAAGCAACACAACCUGUUCCAAGACUUUCUGCCGGAAUUUCAGCUGAACAUGUUGAAAAUAUUGAGCUCCGGCAUUGAAGGCCUGAUGAACUUGGUGAAGAAGGUUUCCCAGCUACUGGUGGAGCCAAAUGCCCAGAAUCCGAUCAUCACGAGGAGGAGUGUGCUCGGUCACUUCAUCCGCCGGACGUCGGUCAUCUUCGAGCAGAGCUCAUGCACCGGCGUCGUCGCCAUCAUGAAGGUUUUCAGCGCCUAUUGUGCGGCCUGUCCUGAAUUCAUGAAACCAAUUCAGCCAAACUCCAAAGCUGUUCCUGUGCUGAGCGAGGAUGAAAAUGAGGAGAACCGACUAGAAUUGAAUUCCUUCAAAAAUGUGCAUGAGAAAUCUAUCCUGUGGACCAGACGACAGGCAGACCUAUUUCUGGCUCAACAGUCAGUGCUUUUGCAGAAGAACGACAGUUCCAUCAGCACGAAAAAGCUGCACAACAACAUUCAGCAGCUCCUCCAAGCAAAUCCUGACUGUGCCGAAGCUUACUUCCUGGCCUUCCUAAAUUUCCUGCGCGUUCGAGACUUUCCCGCAGCCCUUCACAGCCUGCACAACUGCUUCGACAGGGGUGGUGGUCUAUACUUUGAUCCGAACAGCAAGCAGCUCUGCGGCAACAGCAACGACGAGAAGGCCAGAAGCUUCCGCUACGGCGCCCUCAACCUGGCCAUGCUCUAUGCCACCUUUGGACACAAAAAAGAGGCACUUUUUGCUUUGAAGGAAUGCGUGAUGCUGGCCAGAAGUGCGCAUUGCAAUUUCUGCCUGCAGCAUGCCCUCAGUUGGUUUUGCAAAUUGAUCGAGCAGCCAGGAAAGGAAAAGUUGAUGGAGUGUUCGAUUUCGAGGAGCAGCGAGUUCAAUCUGGGAUAUUUAACCUCUCUUGCAAUCCAGUCGCUUUCCCAGCACGUCUCCGACCAACCCUUGGCUCCAGACCGUAUCUUUGAGCUGUUGUCCCAGAGCGAAGUCCUCAACUGCCAGCACUCGCUUCAAGAUCUAACAAGCAACGUGUUUGCGCAAAAAGCGAGCUUGUGGACGAUCUACGGCAGACCAGCGAUGGCCAGUUUGUAUGCUCAGCUGCUGCUCCACUCUGAGGCGCAGGACCACAAUCCUGAAGCGACCUGUGCUGCUGUUUGUCACCUCGCCAUGCAGUUCAUGGCAUUUGGUGAUCAAGUGUCUAGUGCAGCCUUGCUUUCAUUCGCCAGAGAGCGGUUCACACAGCUGGACAUUGAACGAAUUUGGAUGCGCUGCGAGCAGAUUUUGGGCUUCAUCCAUUUCCUGAACCAAGGUUCUUGGCAGCUUGCGAGAGUGGCCGCCGAGCAGCUCAGCUCCACAGACAAGGCGGAAAGCACUUUGAGGAUGGCAGAGCUAGAGUUUGCGCAAGGAGAUCGCGAAAAGUCGCUAUCACGGUUGGAGACCGGCCUGGUCUCCAAGGAGCUGGCUCCUUUGAUUCAAAUCUGCAAAAUGGUGACCAUCUCGAGGCUGCUUGAGGAGUGUCCCUUUUCUUACACCAACCAUUUGGUGAAGGCGCUAGGCAUGGCGUCAAGCCAUCACCUGGCGCCGCUGCGCUACAAAAUCAUCCUACAAAUUGCUGAACACCAGCUGCGGAUGGGUCUUGUAAGCCAAGCUCUGCUGCUGGUCGAGUCUGUGAUAACCUUGGUUUUAACUCAUUGCUCUCUGCUGGACCAAGCGACGUUCCUGUUCUUUAAAGCAAAGUGCAAAAUUUACCAGUGCCAGCAAGACCAGCCAGAAAACGAAGACCUCUCAAGCAUAUUAAAUUUGCUCAGCAAAGCAAGGCAGAAUUUUGAGAAAGUGCAGGCUGUUGAUAAAGUGAAGGAAGUUCUUCUUUGCAUGCUGCUUGUGUACCACGUGCACAAACUGGAAGCGGACAAGUUCCGAACGGCUUUAGAGCUGAGAGAAUUUGAGGAUCAACUGGCGUCGAGAAAGACGUCCCACGUGUGAUGUGUGAGCAACGAAACGAACUGGAGUUGUGUUUGAGAUUUAUUUUAACAUAAUUGUACAACACAGUUGUGGCAGGUUUGCUGCGAAAUAUGUUAGGGCUCUUGUUAGUUCGAAAGUUUCGUCUUUUCAAUUAAAAAAUAUAAUAAAAAUCACGCCUGCCUGAA